AUGGCAGCUGCAAAUGCAUUGGAUGGCCAUAACUGGAUGUAUCCUUUGGAAUUUGCAUUGUUUGAUUCAGAGACUAAGGAGAAUUGGACUUGGUUCAUGUACCAGUUGGCUAAAGCCAUAGGAACAGGUCCAAACAUUGCUAUCUGUACAUAUGCUUGUAAAGGUCUUGAAGUUGCAGUGAAGAAGAUAUUGCCUAACUGUGAGAAAAGGAAAUGCUUGAGGCAUUUGAUGGACAACCUUGCCAAAAGGAAGAUAGGGCCUAUAUAUGGCAAUUUGUGGCCUGCAGCUAGAGCAUACAGGCCAGAGAUAUUUGAGCAUUACUUGAAUAAAGUCCUUGUAGCUGAUCCUGAAGUUGGGCAGUGGCUAAACAAGCAUCACAAUGCUCUGUGGGCAAGGAGCAAGUUCUCAACUGAGAUAAAAUGUGACUUCAUCACUAAUAACUUGGCUAAAUCAUGGAAUGGAUGGAUAAAGGACUUCAAAGACCUUCUAGUUGAUAUCCUAGCAGAUGCAAUCAUGGAGAAGAUAGCCAUGAUGUGGGCUAAGAGAAGGAAGAUAGGAAACAGAAUGCAAGGGAAGAUACUACCAAGUAUUGUUCAUCAACUCAAUACAGGCACUCAUGGUUUAGGUAACAUGAGGGUCAUGAUGGGUGCAAAAGACAUAACUAAAGUCAUUGAGCUCCUACAUGGGUUAGAUGUGAUGAGCCAUGUUGUGAACCUGGGAGACCACAAGUGCACUUGUAGGGAAUGGCAAAUUACAGGGAAGUCAUGUCCACAUGUACUAGCUGCUAUAUCUACAUAA